AUGCACCACGGCCGGGGGCGGGUGGCGGGGCUGGCUGGCUGGGAGCCCGCGGGGCGCCGGCGGCAGGCCGCCGCUGACGCCGCCAGGCAAACCGUGCAGCCCCGCGCCAUGUCCGGCGCCGCAGCCGACCUGGCCACCUACCACUUUGCGCAGCGGCACGCGGGCGCCACCAGCGAGUGGUUCCAGACCGCGGUGCGGGAGGUUGUGAAGCACAUUGACGAGGCGCCUGUGCUGCAGACGGUGCAGCUGGGCGUCAGCGGCGCGCCGCCGCGCUGCAGCACCUACAGCGUCCACGACAGCGUGGUGGCGGUGCCAGAGCUCUGGCAGGGCAUCGCCGAGCACGUGAGCCAGCACUCGCCCGACGUCGUCAUCCUGGUGCAGCGGGUGGCGCCGCACGCAGCGGCGGGCUCUCCCCAGGACGCCAUGGACGAGGCGGCGGCCCCCGAGCAGCGGCAGCAGGGCGCCGCCGCCCCCAGCCCGCCCGGCAGCCCGCGCCUGCGGUCGGCGGGCAGCGGCGAGAUGCGGGUGCAUGCCGAGGAGGCGUGCCGCCGCCUGGUGUCGUCGGGCGUGGCAGACGCCAUCCUGCUGCACGGCCAGGUCGGCGACUGCUGCGACGGCAGCGGCGACCACCACCACCACCCCCACGCCGCCGCCGAGCCGGCGCGGCAGCAGCCCACGCCCCGCCCCCUGCCCCUGCCCUCCAUUGUGCCGUUCAGCCCUUCCAGCUGGGCGCCGCGCCGCGCCGCCGUGCGCACCGCCGCGCUGCGCCCCGUCGGCUCUGGCGGCAGCAGCAGCGCCGCCGCCGCCUCCUGCCAGCACAGCGCGUGCUACUGGGGCGUGGUGGUGCAGUCGCGGCUGCACACGGGCGCCGAGGGCUGCUACCUGCUCAAGACUGUGAAGAACGUGAGCCCCGGCACCGGCUGCACCUGCACCCACUUCUCGCUCACCCGCAUCGCGCAGGGCGAGCACCUGGAGCAGCAGUUUGUGCAGUCGUGGCUGCUCUGA